CUAGGCUCACCAGUACCAGCAUCUGGGGAGCACACCACCUGUCAACCGCGUCGCGUACAGGACUUUUGCUGUCACUCGCUUUCACUUCAUUUUGUCCGCCGUGAGUCCAAGUUUCAUUUUCAUUGCAAAAGGCAGACAACACUGCUUUUACCAGUUCGCCUUCUGAGAAGCUAUGGACGCUAUGGCUGGGUCGAGAAUCUUCGGUAUGUCCGAUGAGGACUGCGUGCUCGACCGUUUAAUUACGUUAUCCGAAAAACCAAGCGAAAAUGUUCCAUCUCUAAGGGCCACAGUGGCUCGGCUCCACAGCCGGGUAGCUUCUCAUGAUAUCCAUGUCCGUGCCAAAUUGGUCGAAAAGUUCUGCAGACCCAGCUCUGGCUACUUGGCGCUUUUACUGUCACUUCUAGAGAACGUUAAGGACCACCCAUCACUAUGCAGUUUGGUGGGAAUUCUGCACGAGUGCUGCGCACCAAAAGCAGCAGGUUCAGAGAAAGGAGGAAAGAAAAGCAGUACCAACAGCAGGGUGGUUGCCACGGAGCAGCUAGUGCAGCUGGGAGGCACCCACGCAAUUUUGAAGCUGGUCAUGCAUGUCGUUAAGGAUACAAACUCUGGCCAGCAACAGCCCUCACCCCCUGUUUGGCCCCAUCAAUUCACCCAUGACCUGCUAUGGUUGCUAGCUCAUCUUGCUCAGAGGGAUGGGAAAUUUGCUCUCAAGUGCAGAACAAUGGGAGCCUUAAAAGUACUGCAUCUGCUGCUCAAAAAUCAUGUUUCCAGCUCUAAACUUUUGUAUCCUUUGCUGAUGAUGAUGAAAAUAUUGGCUAGAAACGGUAACACAUCAAAGCUUUUGGUAAAAGACGGAGCUGCUCAAACGAUGGAGAUCACUUUAACUUCACUUGGCCUAACCCCACAUCCAAGACUGAGACUGUGCAUUGAUGUGAUGAAUUCUCUUGCCAAAAACCCUGUGUUUUGUGGAAAACUGUCUCGAACUCAAGUAAUACACAUCCUCCUGCGCUUAAUUGAGCGAUGCGACCACCAGGAAGGUAAAUUGCAGUUGAGAAUCUGCUCUGCAGCUUUGUCAACGCUCUACAGAAUGUGUGCUUACAAGGCUGGACGUGUAGUCUUCAGAAGCCACAAUGGACUGCAAAUUCUCCAUUCAUUUUGCACCUCUUGCCCUGAUGAGAAAAAUAGAGAUGCUCUUGUCGGCAGAGCCAGUGAUGUGAUAUCAAUAUGUUUAGAGAACCGAGCUCCUCUGCUCGCUGAAAACACAUUGAGUCCAGCAAAGUUUGCUCUACCUGUCCCUUUAACGAACAUCUAUGCUCAAGAGGACAGGAGUGGGUCGUCAUCCAGAGACACAACACCUAAUUCAGAUGACGAGAAGAUUGGCGACGAGGAAUGUUUAAUUCCUGAUGAGGUCGAGAGCACUUGCAUGGAGGAAUCGGCCACUCUCCCGCAGAUCAUGCUUCGGGAUAUUGAUGAUCUGAAAGCAUACUCUCACUUUUUUGAGGAGCUAUCUGGAUCACAGCGUUCAUCCAGAGACUCGAGUCUAUCUGACAGCGAAGAUGAGGAAGAUACUUCAUCAGCCAGCAAAUCAACCAAAAGCUCGUCUCAGUCAGAAUACAGAGCGCUGAAUCCAAUUGAGACCUUGAAGAAUCUGAAGAUUUUCUCCAAAAUUCGGUCGGGCAUUGAUCCAUACAAGGUGUAUUUUUCCAUUGCGUCGAAGGUGAUUCCUGUGAUACCUUUUGUGAAAGUGGCAUAUCCAGAUAUGAUAGGAGCCGAAGCUGUCAAUGCACCAGAGCCACUCUACACUAAAGACAGAAAAGUCUGCAGGACCAAACUCAUGCAAUGCGUUGAUAGAGGACUCCACCCUGAACAAGGAAUGAGCAGAGUAGUUUAUGACAUGGAUUCCAUCGUAAAUAAUGUCAGGAGGAACUCAUUCUCAUCUGAAAGAAUGCUCGGCAAUUGGGAUGAGAGUCGCCUUGGCAAAGAAAAUCCUGAUGUGGUCCACCUGGUUUUCGAAUCUCGGUUUGAAAGUGGUAACCUGAGGAGAGCAACUCAGGUUGGACCAUUAGAGUAUGAUUUGAUUUUGAUGCCAGACGUCAACUCCAACAAACACCAUCAAUGGUUCUAUUUUGAAGUGAGCAACAUGAAAGCCGACCUUCCUUACACAUUCAACAUCAUUAACUGUGAAAAGCAGAAUAGUCAGUUCAACUAUGGCAUGAAGCCUCUUCUAUUCUCUGUGUUCAACGCUGUCAAUGAGCAGAUCGGCUGGGUGCGAACUGGGACUGAUAUUUGCUACUACCGCAACACUUACCUGAAUCAGACUGGCGGAGGCAAAGUACGACCGUACCUGACAACCAGCUUCACUAUCACAUUCCCUCAUGCAAGAGAUGUUUGCUACCUGGCCUACCACUACCCGUAUCCCUACUCAAGAAUGAUGAUGCAAGUCUGGAACUGGGCUCACACAAUCCAGCCCAGCAUCUUGUUCAAAGUGCAGCAGCUCUGUUACUCCCUGAAUGAUAACGAGGUACCUGUGCUCACCGUCACCAACCACGACUCUGCGUCAUCUCCAAUGCAAGACCGAGAAAUUGUGAUUCUCUCCUGCAGAGUGCACCCUGGGGAGAGCAACUCGUCAUGGGUGUUGGAGGGACUUCUGCAGUACCUGCUGAGCAGUCACGAAAAUGCUGAAAGACUGAGGGACCACUUUAUCUUCAAGGUGAUUCCAAUGCUGAAUCCGGAAGGAGUCAUCAAUGGGUGCCACCGGUGCGGACUGUCUGACGAGGAUCUGAACCGCAGGUGGAGCAGACCAGACCAAACCUUGCAUCCUGUCAUUUACAAUGCCAAGGGUCUGAUUGAGUACUGCUGUCGCGUACUUCACCGUAUUCCCUACUUCUACUGCGACCUGCACGGCCACUCGCGUCGCAAAAACGUGUUCUUCUACGGGUGUUCGCAGGCCGGCAGCUGGAAUGCCGCCGACCGCACCGUGCCAGAAGACCCCACUGAAUUUCUGCUGCUUCCGCACAUUCUGCAGCAGACUGCGCCCGCCUUCUCGCUCAACCACUGCAACUUCAGGGUGGAAAGAGGCCGCGAGUCGACGGCCAGGGUCGCCCUGUGGCGGCAGCUCGGCAUCACCAGGAGCUACACCCUCGAGAGCAGCUACUGCGGCUGCGAUCAAGGUCCUUACCAGGGCUACCACUUGGGAACUUAUCAACUGCAUGAAAUGGGGCGCAACCUAUGUGAGGCGCUGCGAACCUUGUACGAGGAUGGUUGGAAGCUGAAGCUGGUGCUCGCUUGCAGCUCCCCUCAGACCUUUGCAAACGAACAGCCCAACAGAGUUGUUGGAGGAAUUGCUGGGCUCGGAGGAGUGCGCACAUAUGAGGAAGAGGCGGUGUUAACGAAUCCAUCAGACGACAGUGACUACGAAGAAGAGUACCACGCCAUGAACGAGUGUCACUGAUUUUUCCCUUUUUGGCCUGCAACAUUUAAUUGAUUGCAUUGUAAGCUAGUUUCUCUUUGUCUUAUUCCAUUUAGCAACGCUGCGUAGUCUUGUGGUUCAUUUUAAGUGAGGCUACAGAAAAUUCAUCUCAUAUCUUAAGGGAAUUUGUUUUCCUAUUAGGCAUGUAAUUUUGCUAUAAUAUCACACUCUUAAAUGUAUGUUUGUUACUGGUUGCAGAUGGUACUCUAGAACUUGAAAAUUAUUAAGAGUAAUUAUUACGUAAGAAAUACCUGAUUUUAACUAGUACGUUUAGAUCUCAUGUUCACACACAUAAAUUUUGCCCCAGUUGGGUUUACUUUAUUCAAUUUUAAUAGCUUGUUCUUUACAUGAACUGUCAUAGGCGUUACUAAUAUGGCAAAACUUUAAUUUGCGCCCAGACACAGUGAGGUUGUGAUUAGAUCAAACGAUUAUUAAAAUUACGUAAUAAUUUUUGUAUUACGCGCACUGUUUAUUCUUGUGAUUAGUUAUUUACAGUUAGUUUUUUUCUGAUAUACUUGCUCUAGUAUGAAAAGUUAAAAAAUGUUAUUGGUCAAUAAAGAUAAAGGUUGGUAUA